GCUUUCCGACUGUGAUUUCCGACACCUAGCUUCCACAUGGCAGUGCGUGUUCCUGAGCUGUAGAAGCGGUCGGUGUUUUUCUUUAAUCUCGCGAUGGGGAAGACGAAAAACACGAGGUUUAAGACCCCUCCGGAUGGACGGCCGGUAAAAGCUCUGAAACGCGCCGCUGUAGAUGAUGAAGAUGAUGAAGAGUCUCCGUAUGCAGAAUUACUUGAAAAGUUGCAGAGUCCAAGUGCAGAUACACGUGAGUAUGCGUGUGCUAGUAUUUCCCGAGUGGUUCAACAAAGUCAGACAAUCCCGGGCUUCCUGCACAGAGACACAGUGAGGAGGUUAGCGACGCUUCUUCUGGACAGCAGCCUGGCGGUCAGAGAGACAGCAACCGGAGCGCUCAGGAACCUGAGUGCGUGUGGAGGAACAGAGGUGUGUGAGGACAUGGUGAGGCUGGACGUCCUGACUCCUCUCACCACACUGCUGAACGAGUGCUGUAUGGGAGACCAGCUGAGCUCCAGUCCCAUGAAGAAGCAGCAGAAACCGACAGUGGAGGACGUAGCGAAUGAAGCUGUGAAUUUACUCUGGAAUCUCUGUGAGAGCAGCAGUACAGCCGUGGCGGUGUUUAACAGAGCAAAACUUCUGGACGUUCUUUUGUCGUACAUUGAGAAACAUCCACAAAACAUCCAGCUUGCUCUAUCAGCAGCACACUGUUUACACACUGUGACCGAGGAUAACGCGGAACUGGCAGGAAGAGUGAACGGUGCUGUUUUGUCCUCUUUAGAGAAGGUGUUGCUUUCCACACACUCCAGUAUGGAGCACGGUCUUUUACGCACUCUGGCUGCAGGAACCGUGUGGAACCUGAAGAGCUGCCUCUCCUCCACCCGUCAGGCCGAGGCUCUCUCCGCCGUGGUCAAGAUUCUUGCGCAGUGCCUCAGUCUAGACGCCGGAGCGCUGAUCCCAGAGCUGUGGCAGAGAGAGUGGAGUCGCCUGAACGGAGGCUCGGAUCCCGAGUCGGCUGGAGCAGACGAGCAAGAGGCCGGAGCCAGUGUGCAGGAAGAGGAGGAGAUGGACGAUGGGGAGAUGAAGAUGAACAGAGUGAAGAGGAACGGGAAAAAAAUGGAAAAAGAUUUUGCAGCUUUCCUGCCGAGGGACAAACCGGAUCUGAGGGAAGCCGUAGCACUUCUGACAGCACAACAAACCUCACUGGAGAUUAUCGUCAACAUGUGCUGCUCAGAUGAACCCUCUGAUGAUGAGUGGGAGGAGAUGUCGAGCAGUGACGAGAGUGAGAUUUGUGCCGACGGUGUGACAGAUGGGAACAGCCUCUUCUCUCCUCUCUGCCUUUCUGCAGAGUUACACACAACACUGCUGAACUACAGCAUACCACAGGAGGUCCUGAAGAAGGCAGAGUUUCCCAGCCACGCCGCUCUGGACGUUUGCAGCCGGAAUUCAGCGUGGAAGUGCCUCGUUAAGAAAAUGCAGCGGGUGCAGUGUCGGGCUCUGACGUGUCUCCAUAACAUGCUGUCUGUGAUGGAUGUGGAGUGUUUGGGUGGAGCUGCAGGACUGCAGGCCGUCGCUCAGCACCUCUCGUCUCUCGUCUUUAGCUCGGCGGAUGUUCUGAAGGACGACGAGUUCUUGGAAGCCGUAACCAGCGCCAUGCGCUCGCUGCUUCAAAUAAUGGCCUCCAAAAAUAUCCCUCAGUGUAUGAGCCCACAGCAGUUGAUGAGUGUGUGUGAAGCAGCACUGCAGUGUGAUGUGGUGAGCGUCAGGGUGAAUGUUCUGGCCAUUCUGGGCAUCACAGGAAGCACGCUGGCUAAAGACAAAGGAUCUGCUGAGACGCUGCAGCUGAUAGGAAACGCACUGCUGAGCGUAGUGUCCAAAGACACGAGUCUGGUGGCGUGCGGUGAAGCUCUGGACGCUCUGUUCGACGUUUUUGCAGACGGCGAAGAAGCAGAACAGGCAGCGCGAAACAUCAACCUGCUCGCUGCACUUAAAUCCCUGCAGCCUGCGUUUGCUGCCAAGAUCCGAAAGGAAGGCCGAGGGACCUACAGCCCGGAUCAGCUGUGCGUCCUGGACAACGUCAAGAUCAACCUGCGCAGGUUCAUCGGCUACCUAGAGUCGCUGCGGAAGAAAUAACGAACCCGGGAAAGAAAUCGGACAUGACGGACUUGACUGAAAUAAAAAAAAUGUGAGGUUUUGGAGUUUAAAGCUCCAGUCAGGAAUCUGUAGAACUGGCAGGCCAGUUUUUGUGUGACUGCAGUUACAGAAAACAACAGCGUGUGUGCUCUAGUUUCUAGAUUUGAGUUGCAGUUAAUUUAAGAAUGAGAAUUCAAAAGAAAAAGUUCUGUGGUGAAUAGUUUAGUGUAUAAGAUAAUACUCUAAUUGAAAAGAUCUAAGAGCCUGGUCUAUAGCAGCGUCAGUAGAAUUAAUUCUAUACGUAUUUUAAAUAUCCGCUCCGUUCCGUCAGUCACUCGGUUUAUUUUUUAUUACUGUAUUAAUCACGAGAGUGAAAUUUCUUUCCUCAUUUUUAAACGGAACGUCUCAGGGUCCGCAGAUCCGACUCGUUUUACAGUCUAAUAUGAUGGGGGGGGGGAGAAAAUGCUUUAUUUCUGGAAACUAUGUUAUGUUCUGAUGCAGGUUGGGGUCUUGAAGGACAAACCCAAAUAAUCGGCUACAAAAAGCGUCUUUUUUUUCUCUCUCUUAUAGCAAGAGACAGCGUUAAAGGUAAAUUUUUGAGAAAACCUCAGUCGGAAGAUAAAAGCUAAAGCAUGAUAUAUGGUCCUAUAUAUCCUAUAUGGUUUUAUGAUGUAUGAAAUUAUAUAAAUAUAAAAGUAACGCACUGAGUCAGAUUGCAACGUUUAACGGUUUUGCAAAAUACGCACGGCGUCCGGCGUCGCUUCUUUACUUCGUGUGCGUCAUCGUCAAAAGCCGAUGAAACUACAUGAGCACAUAUUUUUGUCGUUUCAUCGUCAUCAGCCGAUGAAACUACAUGAGCACAUAUUUUUGUCCUUAUUUCACACAUUCAUUAAUGUAAUUCAUACUAACAUCACUGCUCGGAUCUUUGUUUCGUUCCUAUAACUAUGAGUCCCACCUACGACGAAUCUACAAACGUACGUGUUUGCGUUUCUAUGGUAACAGCUCACUUACGACGAUCGAUAAUGAUUGUUUUUUGUAAUUAAUAGUUUAAUCGGUGGAAGGAGUCUAAUGUUGGUGAUUCAUAACAGUCAGAGGAAAAGCUUUUAAACGUGGAGGAAGUGAUUCAGGAUAGUAACAUGAGACUUAGCUAAUAUCGUUGUUAUAGAAACGAUCGCUAAAAGACUGUAAUAUUACUCCAUUUUUUGAACAGAAUAAUAAGAAUUAUCCAUAUUCACAAUGCUGGGACUCGUUCUGUUGGGAGUAAAUAUAUGCAGAUUUACGCGUUCGUAUAUUUACAAGAAACUAUUGUUCCUUUUUUUUUUUUGUUUUUAACUGCAAAUAAAGAAGCGGACGUCAGAAUAAACGUCACGGAAAUCCGUUUAUCUUCGCGCUCUUGUGUAGAAUCGAUUACGCAGAUGUAUUUCUGAGGGGAAAUUUUCUUUAUCCAUUAUCCAUUAUUAAUUGUUUACUCUCCCAAGACGUGGUUUAGGUUUUUGUUUUGCUUUGGAAAUGAAAUGCAUGAUCAUGUAUCAGAGCUCUGACUGAAAAGGUUUGGUGUGAAUUUUCUGUUUGAUGAUUUAUGUCACAAAAGCAUAAUGUUUUUCGAAGUCUGGAUCGUUUCGUACAGCAAACCGUGAUCUGUAUGAUCUCAUGAAUAUCUGAUAUUAUGGAGCCACAUCUAAUUUGCAUAUUUUCAUUAUCAAGCCUUAUUGUUGUUUUUUUUCUUCUUCUUCUUCCUUUCUGUUUCUCUUUUAAAAAUUAAAAAUACUCCCCAGGCA